CUAAUCUACGCAAACCGCUUCGAAAUUCGAUGGAUUAAACCGGACAAAGGCAAAAAACGUCGAAAAAUAUUACGUUGUCGCUGCAUUGGAAGAUUUCAAGACAAAAUUCGAAAUAGAUGCGAACAAGAAGAAGCUGUUCGAAGUAUUAAUAAGGAAGGUUAAGCAGCAAUAAGUGCUCUUACAAGGGCUCAAGUGCCGCAGAAGAAGCCAAAGAAGAAGAAACUACAAGUCAGAUCGGUCCGAAGGCAAUCAAAAGUUCCAAGCAGAAGAAGUGAAGCUCAUGGAAGAGGUUGGAAAGCACGAGUCUGAAGUUCAUGAAGCACUCGGCGAUUUGGUGGAUACAAGAUGUGUGAUCGAAAAUUUCAAAAAAAAAUCUGAUCAAAAUCUUUGAAGCAAUUCCACUCAGCAACCAGAAUAUUGGAUUCGUUUCCGAGGAUAAGUGCAAUGGUGAAGGAGCUUCAACAUCGUUCAACGAGGAAGCCGUUUUCAUGCCGUACCUCAAUGAUCCUGUUCAAUUCCGUAAAAAAAAAUUUCGUCUUAUUGCAAAGGAGCACAACUUCGAUGGAAUUCUUGAGGUGUUACUUAUUUUUUAAUUUUAAAAAAUUAAACUUCGUGAGAGGACCCUCGCUGAAUUGGGAGCCCCCUCGUGGAGCGAAAGUAUCAAACCGUUGUGAAACUCUUCGAUCGUGCCACGUUGCUCGGUAGCAUGAUCAGAAGGACGCCGAGAAGAAGUGAUAGGAUAAGGAGACGACUGCCAAGAAGAUCAAGCCAUGCUUGUUCUUUCUAAUAAUGUUCUUUAUAUUUCGUUCCUGUUCAGAUUUCUUAUUCCCCCCUCCCCAUUCGGUUAAUGUUCUUCUCUCUCUUUUCCUUGUUCAGCAUAUCUACUAAGUAUCCCUCUCUGACGAGUUUUAUAUUGGUUUUCGAGACAAUGAAUGUUUUAAACGUUAUA